CAACGAUCAGUUUACUGCGAGCGCUUACAUCGUCUGGUGCGACGUUGCUGCAGAAGAACGAGUGCUAACCAAUCCGAAAACCCAUCAACCAAUCCACCGUAGACACCGACACAAAUACAGCAAACUCAAGGAUAUAAUCCCAGCAUCCCAGUAUAAAAGUUGUGCGUGCAAUGAGCCGUGAUUCGAAUGAUUAAUUAAAUCGCCAACUAUUGAAAGAGUUAAAACAAAUUACAGAGUUGAAUCACAGUUAAAUUGAAUUCUGCUUAACAAGAAAGCCACAGACACGUCGUGUGGCACGGCUCAGAUUUGGAAUCAGAACCAGGUUCGGAUCCCGACCCAUAUAUAUAUUCGUUUUCAUAUUCAUAUGCAGUGCGCGCGAAAAUCCUGCCGGCUGUCCUUGUCGCAUUGCUUAUGAAUUUGUUUGUUUUUGGUUCCGAGCGACGUUCCCUCUAACACGUAGCAGUUCCAUCAUCAGCUUUCGUUUAGUGUUUAUGCAGCAUCCUUCGACAGUAAGAACCAAUCGGAUUCAGUGAGCCAAAGGACUUGACCCCCUUAAAGCAAAAGAGAGAGGAAAACAAUUUAAAGAGGGGGGUCCGAGGGUGAACCAAAAACAAACUCUCGCUCAGCACAAGGAAUUCAGAGCUUCUCGAUGCGUACACCGCGCAUACCCCCCGUUCUCUGGGUCUGUGCCUGGUCGUGGCUAACCUUGGCCUGCUCCAGCACCCUCGCCUAUCCAAACAACCAACCUCAGCAGUCGCUGCUUACCUAUGUGACCUCUUCGACAUCCAGACAGCGGAGUCAGUCCGCCAACCUUUCCUUGCAACCGGCAUUCGUCUAUGACUCACCUCCUCCGGAAGAGGAGCAGGUCUCUAAGCAACCAUUGAAAACAUCCGUAUUCCCAUCCAAUGUCCGGAAUAAGGAGACUGUGCCGCCAAAGAAAUUUAACACUUCCAUAGCAACGCCACCGGUAUCCGUAGUUCUAAAUGGAAAUGAACCGCAGUUCACGGAUGCCCUUGGCCACAAAGUACCCAAGCCACAGCCUUCCUUGCAAGUGGCGAGCCCAAUCGUCCUUCUUAAUCCAGACCGCUAUGAAUUCUACACAUUUGACGAGCACGGCGAGCUGGUCAAGCGACUGAUGACUGUGCAGGAGAUUCAAAGCAUUGUUGCCAAUGGCGACGGUGAGGGGCCGUCGUUCAUCCAUCCGGUCCCGAUAGUUGAAGGCAAUCCCGACAAGAAUCUCCAAGAUAUUGUAGACAGCGUGCAAAGUGUGCUUAGCAAGGAGGUUGCUUCCAGCUCGGCAAAAAACAGCUCCGGUGAGCUGCUUCCUCCUCUUUUGGAUACGCCAGACGUUUCCUCUUCCUGGUCACUCAUCCUACCUGCCAUUUUCGGCAACACAGGAGGUGAUAUCUUCCCACAGCAGCGUCCGCAACAGAUUGUGAUGACUCCCGAUUCCGAGCUACUGGAGACGUCCACCAGAGCGCCACCUCAGACAACACGAGCCACAAAGAAACCCAAACCAGCUAAAAGAAAACCGGACACUAAACGCAAUCCCUCCACUACUACCAGCACCACUGAGAUUACUCCACAGGUGGUGCAAGAGGAGUUGGAUCCCAUGGAGACAGUGUACACGGGCAUACAGCAAUACCAACAGGUGGCCGCGAACAUGCAGGAGUUUGAGCACCUUCAUAUGCAGCCCAUCUACCAGAAACAGCCGAUCACUACAGGACGGCCAGAAACAACAACCCGUCGCGUUUUUUAUAACAACCAACAGAUUAUUCAUACGGCCACCUCUUCGAGCAGUGCCCCCCCCAGCGCAGAGAUUAUUUUUACUCAGCAGCUGGCCAAAAAGCCGGCGAGUGUGCAGCAUAAGCCAACUCAGCCUCAUCGAGUGAAGAAGCCUAACGACGGCGCUACUGCCGAAAAUACAUCCCAGGCGUCUGGCGGAAAACAGAAGGUCAAGAAGAAGACAACCUCCACAACAACAACCACACCAGUCCCACAGACCGAAAAAAAGCAACCAAUUCAAAUGGAGCCUUUAUCUGUUGAAAGUACAACCACGACCACUCUAGCACCGCCCUUGACCACACAAAAAAAGAGGAAGCGGAAGCCGACUCGAGCUCCGGGUACAGCUCUUACUGGUGUGAGCUCCAAGCCAACAAAGCCGAAACGCAAGCCAACGUCUAAGCCAAAACCACUCAUACAGAAUGUGAGUGAAUCGGCACUCGCUGGAUCUGUACCACAGCCUCAGAUUGCGAGUAUUCAAAAGCCACCCAGGCCACAGAGGCCCCACAAGAAGCCCAAGCCAACAGGUACAACAACUACUACAACAACCCCUACAACAACCACUACGACAACCCCAACUACAACCACUUCAACUACCACCACAGUAGCAGAAGAGACCAUUACAACUUCUACUACAAGUCCAGUGAGCACACCGACAGGGACUCCAAUUACAGAACAACCUUCAGAGAGCCAAGUCACCACCACUCCAGGAUCAGAGCACCAGACAAGUUUUACCACAUCAACAGAGGCUACGACAACAACAUUAUCAGAGGCUUCAACCAUAACAACGACAGACGCAUCAACGACAACUUCCCCUGCCCCCACAACAGCAGCACCUGUAAAAACUACGGCGAUACCACCUGCAUUGCACCACCAGAAAUUGCAAAAUAGGCCCGCAAGCCGUCCACCAUCCCAGCACCACAACCGGAUUCACACAAAGCCAGUUCACAGUACCACAACUGAUUCCAGUAAGGUGGCUGAGGAUCUAUUACCCGAAAGCUAUGGCUUUGUUAAUGCGAUUCCUUCCUCAAGCACUACCCACAUGCCGUUCUACCCGCUGCCAAGCUACGACUAUGUAACAACUCUAAAUGAGUCAACAUUACUUAGCAACCCUUCUACGCAUCACAUCCCGUUCAAGAAAGCUCCAGUACCUUCCCUAGCGCAGCUUCAGCAGCAAUUGCAUCUCGAAUCACCAUCGCCGGCUCCACAACUUUCACCAUCCCAGAUCCUCUCUAUGGAUAGAAUUGUGCAGUCGCUUACACAGGACAUUUCUGCCAUAGACAAAGCAGAACUUGGUACCGUAGCAGGACCUGUAAGGUACGAUAGCGCAGAAAGCAAGCUGCAGAUUGAAGCGGUAGCCAACAAAAAAAAAAUUGAAAUCAACGCAAGUACUACUCCAGCAACAACGACGACGCCUACAGUUAAUCAUCUACCAACAACCUCCACCAAGCCUGCCACAAUUUUGGCAAAUAACAAGCGUAUCACUUCCCUUUAUGGAGGAAGCACACUGGCCACGAUGCUCCUAGAGGAGGAUGUAUCCGACUCCACAGAAUCUACUCCUGUCCAUGAGCAACCAGAAGAGACGACGCUCAGCAGUCUCGGGGACGAUGACGAAGAGCAAACACCCGUGGUGGUGAUCACUGCUAGACCUCAGUACUUUACGGUGACAAAGAUGCCAGAACCAUUGCCGCCCAUUAAGACCGAUCAGACCCAAGAGGAGCCAGAGACCACAGAGUUACCUGGUAAAACAAUGUUUCUUGUGACGACGCCGAUGUCACCGCAGGAAGAACUGGAUGUCACCACGGAAAAUCCUGUUAUUGAGUCUCUCUACAAUACUAUACCAGAGAUAAACGAGCCUUAUCCCAGCGCCGGCUAUAACUCACAUCAACAAGAUCUCGAGGAGAAUCCAGGCACCACAGAACAAAUAGUAAGACUUCCAGUCUCAGAGAGCAGCACAGCCAACAUUGACAGUACUGAAGUAACGCCCAUGGUCGCCGACCUAGUGCAGCAACUCAACCUCGAGAUGCUUAAGCCCACAGACCAAAUAUCUAUGGCCAACUUCCAGACACAGGCAGCCACCAUAGCCUCCACCUUAGUGGAUGGAUCAAACACACUUGUCUCGAAUAUCCCGAUAAACUCAAACGAGACAAAGAACGAGCUAGAAUUCCUUAUGUCUGAUGUUAUUCAACAAAUAACUCAGGGCAAUCAAAGUAAUUUCCCGUCCAAUGCCCAACCGUUAGACGAUUCACACCGCCUUACCAGUUUUGCUCAACUGAAUACCUCUUUCUUGCUCCAUGGAAAACCAGAAAAUGCGGCGGAGCCUCAAAAACAGAACGAGCUUGAGACAACGCAGAGUACAACAACAGCCAGUCCUUCCACGAUGAAAAACCCCUAUACGAGCACUCAUAAGAUACCUAUUUUAUCAUUGUCCCAGAUUUAUGCGCAGCAACAGCAAGUCGAAGAUAUGGAGCAUCAAAUUUUUGCCAAUGAACGACUCGAAGUGCAGCCCACUCCAGAGCCAGUAAUGCAGGAAACCGUGUGGGCUCAUGAUGGUGCGUCAACUGUAGCCUUACUAGUGGACACAACCGAGCCAGAAACUGAAUCCUAUACCUUCGACCGCCAGACUGCACAAGAGGUCAGCCAGGAGACCACUUCCAGCGAGGAGGCUUCCGGCAGCCAUGAGUCAACGACCAGUUACAGCGACAUCUCCGAAAGCCACACGCAUACUGAAAGUGAAGAGGAUAUGCCUGAGCUUUUGACAAAUAGCUACAUUGAACAGCAGCAAACGGAAAAAAAUUAUAUUCAAGAAAAGCCUGAAUUCAUACAUAACACACCGAAAGAGCCAGUGCCAACCACACAGCAGUAUGCGCAGGAAGAAACGACGAAUGGUUAUCCAGACGCACAAGAAGAAGAGAAAGCAGGUAUAACGGUAGAGCAUAAAUACACGGUACAUCAGCCGCAGGAUGCCCAAAUGGCAGUUGCGGAGGAGGACAGUGCUACCAACGCCGCCCAACUACUGCCUCAAUAUCAGCCGCCGAGCAACGGAGAACAAGGACAGGCAGAAGCGCUGGCUACGGAAAUACCCGGAGAUAUGUCCUUGGCUUCUUCGGAUUCAGACAUGUCGCUCAGCUCCGAGCAGGUAUCCGAUAAAAUCGAAGUGAGCACAGUUCAGUCCCAACAACUAGAUGAUGAAUCAAUGGAGGAGAUUUCCGACGAACUCACAGCUACCAUUUCAGAAGAAAACGACGAUAAGGAUGCGGAUUCGGUUACGACCGCCCAAAAAGUGCAAUUGGAUGAUGAGGAUCCAUAUAUAAAGCUAGGCGAAACGACAGCAAAUGUGGUGAGACCACUUAACUCUCACUCCGAAGAAGUCAGUGAUAAUAAGAGCGGAGCUGAACUUAAUGAAAAUAACUACAAGGUGAUAUUGCCUUUGGCUAGCUAUCAAUCAGUGGAUCAGGCAGAUGAAGAGGACGAGGAAGAUCAAGUGGCAUACCAAAUACCUCUUUCUCUGCCAAGCAAUACAACAACAACAACCAAAAUGACAACCACAAGGCCCACUACUACUAUGGAAACCCCAACAACAACUACUUCAAAGUCUACCAGAGCUUCUCCACCCACAACGAAGCGUUUAAACACUUUGAAGCCAGUUUCCUACUACGUUCAGCCCACACUGUUAGGUGGAUACAACCAACUUGAUGUGCAGCCACCAAAGGUUCUUCCUUACAAUACCAACAAAGCGGAAGCACCUCAACAACAAGCUCCGUCCCACAGUCAAUUUCAAUCCACUCUGACUCAGCAGCGACCUACCCAGCGACCUCCCUUGCUGACCAAUCUCAUGGCAAGCUCAACGCAAUCGACACGACCACCCGUAAAGCUAGACCCUAGUCCGGAAUCCUCAGAAGGUCUGGAGGCCUCUACCGCGGCGAUAGACGGGGACCUGCAAUCCUUCGCCCGGCUCUGCAAUGAACUGGCAUUCAGCUACUGGAGAGCCAUUACCUCGGAGAAGAUCAGCUCUGCUAGAAGUCUGGUCAUAUCUCCUUUCGCCCUAACUUCUAUGCUUUCAAUGGUGUUCCUCGGCGCCCGAGGAAGCACAUCUGGAGAGAUGAACGAGAUCCUUAAGCUGGAUGAUAUGAUUACCUUCAAUCCGCAUCUGAUCUUUAAGAACAUAACCAACUCUGUGGAACAUUCCACGGACAGUGAUAUAGCGACUACCGCAUUUGUGCGGGAGAUCUUUAGCGACCGUGCCAAUGGAAAAAUUCUUCCCUUUUUUAAGGAAAAGAUUCAGCAAUUGUACGCCGGACACGUAGAGGAGGUUAACUUCCAUGUGGUCAAUGACAUCGUACGCCGUCGCACGAACCUGCUAGUCAAACGGCACACGAAGGGUAAGGUUAUUGAGUACCUGCGCACGAACAGCGUAUGGGUAAACGGGCCACUAGCAACCAUCUCGGCCAACCUCUUCCAGACAGACUGCUCCCACGGCUCCACCGCAGAUCGUGAUGGAGAGAUGUUCUUCCAAGUCCAUCCCACUGUUCGCCAGCGCCGGCUCGUGCCAAUUUCUGCCGUUGUCUACCGCUCCGGCUUCACAGCGGGAUAUGAACCCAAGCUGGACGCCACAAUUGUAGCCUUCGGUCGUGUGCAGGACUCAGUUAGCACGGUAUACGUAAUGCCCGGCCAUCAGAGCUCUAUUUCGCCAAUGGACAACCUGGACCGCUUGGAGCGCAGCCUGGUGGAGACAGCUUUCGGAGAGUCGCGAGCCUGGAGCAAGCUACUCACAUCGCUGAUGGACCGACCAGGCAUGGAGGUGCAGUUGCCGCGCUUCUCUCACCGCUCCUUCGUUAAUGCCUCUCUGGGUCUGCAGAAAAUGGGUCUGCGCGGGCUCUUCAAGUCUGACUUUGCCGACCUGAGGGGUUUGACUGGUGCUGGAAACCGUGACAUCUUUCUUUCUGACAUGAUCCAGAUCAACACGUUUAGCACCUGCGGUGAAGAGAAGAUCUCCGAAAACCACCACGUGGAAAUGUACCCGGCGCCUCCGCUGCGCAAGCGGAACAAAGAUGUCGACGCCAACGAAGACGACGCCUUCGAUUCGUCGGAGACAAUUGUAGACUUUGGUUCUUUGGUGCAAGAGUCGGCGCUAGGACGGGGCUUCUACGACGAUCUUCUGGAUCCAAAGUACUUGGAGCUGCCGUUGCCCCUCCGUCCGCGACAAGCUCGUGUCCCGGACGCUCCCCGGCUGCGCUUCGACAAACCCUUCCUUUACUUCGUACGCCACAACCCAACGGGCAUGAUACUUUUCAUGGGUCGGUUCAACCCGCGCCUUCUGCCGUGAAGAUAGAGCCUCUUAUGCAACUCCGGAUCGUGUUUUUGAAAAGUGACUUAGUGAAUUUAUACCCUAACCAUAAUACUAGUUUUAUCCUUAUUGAAUGCUGCUUGCUGUGCCUUAAUCCGGCGUCCAUCAUCCCUUAAGUUGGUUCGAUACCAGAUUGAUGCGCAGCAAACGAUUGCCUUUACCAAUGGCAUCUCCAAUGAUUCUUUGCGCUCGCAAAAAUGAAAUCAACUAUAUUAAAUGCUUAAAUGAAGCUUGAGUAAAUGUAUUUCCAAUUUUUCUGGCUUGCGUUUAAUUUGCCGCAUACCACCAGAGUGAGGCAUGGAUAUGGAAAUACAUUUUUUACUCGCUCGUUGUUCGAUAAAAAGUCGCCCGUUUGGCAAACAAAUGUUGAACAAAUAUGUAAGCGGCAAAUGCAAAUGCAGUAAAAAAUUAAAUGCAAAUGCAAUCAUGGAAUGCGUCAAUGUUUUGGCAACUGAACAAAUGUAAUUUAGCAAAAUAAACUUUGCGAAUACCCAAAUUGAAAGUUAUGUAUGCUAUUAUGUAAGCUUAAGCAAACAAAACUAAAAUAAAAAUAAAUC